GCUUUCUAGUUUUCAACAUGGCGCCCGAGGUAGAUUAGCUGGACACUUUAGCCAGCUAUAACAUGAGCUAACAAGUUGUUGUACGGUCUACCUUUUAAUCGUUUCUAAAUAUACGGCUUAUUAGCAAGUUAUAAUGCAGGGAAUUAAUCCGUGUAGUUAAUUUACUCAAACGACAGAUUAGGUGAAAUAAUGGAAACUCGAGGAAUAGAACAGAUGUUUGACUUCCAGCGAUUACCAAACGAUGGAUUGGUGCUGUUGCUGUUAUUGCUUUACUCUCCAGUUGGCCUGUGUUUGAUGUUAAUACGAAUCUUUGUCGGUGCACACGUGUUUUUGGUGAGCUGUGCGCUCCCAGACAGUCUUGCUAGAAGAUUCAUUGUGAGAAUAAUGUCCUCAGUCCUUGGUAUGCAUGUGAGACAGAAAAGCCCACGUUUAAGAGACAAAAGCACAAAACUGUACAUCUGCAAUCACGUGACCCAGUUUGACCACAACAUUGUCAAUCUUCUGACCUCAUGCAAUACACCCAUGCUGGAAGCCUCUGCAGGCUUUGUGUGUUGGGCCCGAGGAUUCAUGGAGCUAGGAGCCAUAUCAAGCCAGGAUGAGAUGGAGGAGUCCCUCAGGAGGUACAGCUCCUCUCCAGGAACUCUGCCCCUGCUCCUCUUCCCAGAGGAGGACACAACAAAUGGGCGUGCUGGCCUGCUCAAGUUUAGCUCCUGGCCUUUCUCCUUGACUGAUUCCAUUCAGCCUGUGGCCUUGCAAGUGAAGAGGCCAUUUCUAGCUCUGAGCACGCCAGACGCCUUUUGGCUGACAGAACUGAUGUGGACCUUCUUCGUACCAUUUACAGUGUACCAAGUAAGAUGGCUGCCCCCUGUAUCUAGACAAGAUGGAGAGUCUUCUCAGGAGUUUGCCAACAAAGUCCAGGAGAUCCUAGCCGCUGAGCUCAGCUUGGUCUCCACACAGAUUACCAAAGCAGACAAAGCCGAGCACAUCAAACGAAAACGGCACAGUGCCCCGCCAACCACAACCUUGAAUCUUGGUGCCAGACCACGUCCACCUCCCUUUAUGGUCCGUAGCUCUGGGGCGGAGGAGCGCAGGAUCAGCAAGAUGGCCCAGCAGGUGAAGGAGGUUCUGCCUGACAUCCCCCUCAGAAUCAUCACCAGAGACCUGGCGCAAACCAACUGUGUGGACACCACCAUCACUAACCUGUUGGAGAGUACUGAAGAGUUCCCUGUGGAGGCUACAGGCGGAGCUACAGCCGGAGCUACAUCUGAACUACGCCCAGCCUGGAGGUCCCCCUCUUCAGCUGCACCCGCUUCCACCAUUAAGCCUGCUGCAAACUGUUUUGGUAAAUCACCAGUCGACAGACACAUGUCCCUACAGGAGAGAAAAGACGCCUUGUAUGCAUAUGCCAGAAGACGCUACGUUGAGAAACACGGACUGGAGCAGGACAACAACCUCUGAAUGAGAACUGAUUUCUGGGAAACGUCUUCUGAGGAACGGCAGUCGUUAAAAUUGAGUAAUUGUACAGACAAUUGUACAGGAGUCUGGAGUGUUUGUUGACCCCCAUGGAGGCAGAUUUUCUGAGGGCAUCAAUGGACCUGCCCACACCGCGUGUACUGCAAUCAUGCAUGUGUCUUUUUAAUUGUUUCUCCUGGCGAAAACAUUAUUUUCAUAACAAUUUGUAUUAAACAUCUCAUUAUUUUACAAUUGCAGAGGUAUUGGUAAAACAAAGUCUGUCUUGCUCUGACUUGAUAAGACGUGUCAGGUCUUAGGGUCAUUAUGAUUUGACAGUAUGUGUUUCGGCAGUACAAACUUUUAAAGUCAAUAAAAUCAAUCAUUUAUAAAUGCAA